GUACUAGCCAAGGGGAGCGAGUCCGCCGCUUUAUAUGUGUUUACUUCCUGUCCGGGCUCGCACUUCCGUAACAAUGGUGAUCGUCGCUGUGAUACUAGUGGCUGUGGCCAGCUGUUCCCUCGCCAGGCCGGCUGACGAGAAAAAUAAUGGCUGCAAUGUCAAACAAGACACUUUCACCAGCUGCUUCAUGGAUGCUGGUAAUCAUCUCUUCAAAAUGCUGUCUAAAGGAGACAAGAAGAUGGGGCUGCCUGUUCUGGAUCCUCUGGAGGUGAAGAAGAUGAAAGUAUUCGACAAUGGAGAUCGCAUGCACCUCAAAUUGAUGGAUGCCACUCACACAGGCCUCGGUGCUUCUGUCAUAAACAAGGCACAGGCUGACCCAGAGCAUUUCAAGUUCAUGCUGAAUAUGACAAUUCCCAAAUACAACAUCAAGGGAACAUAUGACAUGAACGCCAAGGUUGCCAUGUUGCCUGUGAUGGGUACAGGCGAUGCUGAUAUUACACUCGAGGAUCUAACGGUGAUAUGGGACGUAAAGGGCAAGCCCGUCACCAAGAAGGGCACACAGUUUAUGGAGAUCACUGACUUCAAGGUUGACAUUGUGCCCAAGGUCAUGAAGAUGAAACUGGACAACCUGUUUAAUGGCAAUCAAGAACUUGGUACAACGAUGAACACUUUCUUGAACGAGAACUGGGAGGAUGUGUACAAGCAGCUGAAGCCUUCAAUUGAGAGAUCCUUCAGUCAGCUGAUGUCAACACUCGGCUCCAAGAUGUUGGAGAAAAUCCCUUACAACAAGAUGUUUCCUGGCAUGUAACUUACUACAUGUACCACCUGAUUUAUAACGUGUGCCAUCAAAACAAGAUGGAAGUGAAAGAUCUAUCUUUGCCAAACUAUCCACCUAAAUUAUUAAAUAUUGUAUAUUAAUUUAUUUAUUUCAUUCUAUUUAUUCACUAUUUA